AUGCCAUUCCAGGUUUCUACAGGCACCAUGCGACACCGAAGAAAUGGCAAUUUUGAGAGUUCCAGACUCCUCAAUUCCAGCAUGUCUCGCAGCAUAGAUGUGUCGUGCAAUGACAGCGAUUUGGUCAACUUCAUUCGAGAAAACUUUAAGAAGAGAGAAUGUGUCUUCUUUACAAAAGACAGCAAGUCAGUGGGCAAUUUGUGUAAGUGCGGAUACCCUGAAAGUCAACAUAUAGAGGGCACUCAGAUCAAUGAUGAUGAAAAAUGGAAUUACAAGAAGCACACUAAAGAACUUCCUACCGAUGCCUUUGGGGACAUUCACUUUGAAAAUAUAGAAAAAAGAGGAAAGUACAUCCGUUUGUCAUGUGACACAGACCCUGAAACACUCUAUGACCUCAUGACACAGCACUGGCACCUGAAAACCCCUAACCUUGUCAUCUCUGUCACUGGAGGGGCAAAGAACUUUGCGCUGAAGCCCCGAAUGCGCAAGAUAUUCAGCAGGCUGAUCUACAUUGCCCAGUCCAAAGGGGCCUGGAUUUUCACAGGAGGCACACAUUAUGGGCUGAUGAAGUACAUUGGGGAAGUGGUCAGAGAUAACACCAUCAGUCGGAGCUCUGAGGAGAAUGUGGUGGCUAUUGGCAUAGCAGCCUGGGGCAUGAUUUCCAACCGAGAAAGCCUGAUUCGUGGCAGUGAUAAUGAGGGGUACUACUUGGCCCAUUACAUAAUGGAUGAUCUCAAGCGGGAUCCUCUCUAUUGCCUGGAUAAUAAUCACACCCAUCUCUUACUGGUUGACAAUGGCACCCAUGGGCAUCCAACAAUAGAGGCAACAAUAGAAGUGCGAACUCAGUUAGAAAAGUACAUUUCAGAGCAAGUUAUCCCAGAAUCAAAUUAUGGUGGGAAGAUUCCAAUUGUAUGUUUUGCCCAAGGUGGAGGGAAAGAGACUUUGAAAUCUAUCCAUGUGGCCAUCAAGAGUAAAAUUCCUUGUGUUGUCGUGGAAGGCUCUGGCCGGAUAGCUGAUGUUAUAGCUAGCUUGAUGGAGGCAGAAGACACUCUUACUUCCUCAUGCAUCAAGGAGAGCUUGCUGAGGUACCUGCCUCGCACCAUUUCAAGGCUCUCAGAAGAGGAGACUGAAAGCUGGAUCAAAUGGAUCAAAGAAGUCCUUGAGAAUCCUAAUUUACUGACAGUUAUCAAAAUAGAAGAAGCUGGAGAUGAAAUUGUGAGCAAUGCUAUUUCUUUUGCUCUGUACAAAGCCUUCAGCACCAAUGAACAUGACAGAGAUAACUGGAAUGGGCAGCUGAAGCUGCUGCUGGAAUGGAACCAGUUGGACCUGGCCAGUGAUGAGAUCUUCACCAAUGACCGAAACUGGGAGUCUGCUGACCUGCAGGAUGUCAUGUUCACAGCCCUAGUGAAAGACAGGCCCAAGUUUGUUCGUCUCUUUUUGGAAAAUGGUUUGAAUCUGAGGAAAUUCCUUACCACAGAGGUCCUUAGAGAACUGUACACCAACAACUUCAGCAGUCUGGUGUUCAAGAACCUGCAGAUUGCGAAGAACUCCUAUAAUGAUGCGCUCCUCACGUUCGUGUGGAAGAUGGUUGAAGACUUCCGAAGAGGUCUCAAAAGAGAUGAUAAAAAUAACAAGCAUGAGCUGGAGAUACAUCUUUCAACUGAGUGUCCUAUCACAAGGCAUCCAUUGCAAGCUCUGUUUAUCUGGUCUGUUCUUCAGAACAAGAAAGAGUUGUCCAAAGUCAUUUGGGAGCAAACCAGAGGUUGUACUUUGGCAGCUCUUGGGGCCAGUAAGCUCCUGAAAAGCAUGGCAAAAGUGAAGAAUGAUAUAAAUGCUGCUGGUGAGUCUGAGGAACUCGCUAAUGAGUAUGAGACAAGAGCAGUAGAGCUGUUCACCGAGUGCUACAGCAAUGAUGAAGAUCUAGCUGAACAGCUGCUGACCUAUUCCUGUGAGGCAUGGGGAGGGAGCAAUUGCCUGGAACUAGCAGUGGAAGCGAAAGACCAGCAAUUCAUUGCACAGCCAGGGGUGCAGAAUUUCCUUUCCAAGCAGUGGUAUGGAGAGAUUUCAAGAGAUACUAAGAACUGGAAGAUUAUACUGUGUUUAUUCUUUUUCCCUUUAAUAGGCUGUGGUUUCAUUUCAUUCAGGAAAAAACCUGUGGAGAAGAGUAAGAAACUCUUCUUGUAUUAUGUGUCAUUCUUCACCUCGCCCUUUGUAGUCUUCUCCUGGAAUGUUAUCUUCUACAUCGUUUUCCUGUUGCUCUUCGCCUACGUGUUGCUCAUGGAUUUCCAGAAGGAACCUACUGUCCUGGAGAUCAUCCUUUAUGUGCUGGUCUUCAUCCUGCUUUGUGAUGAAGUGAGACAAUGGUAUAUGAAUGGCAGUAAGUAUCUCUCAGAUCUGUGGAAUGUUAUGGAUACCCUAGCAAUCUUCUACUUUAUCGCAGGGAUAGUGUUCAGGCUUCACUCAUCUGAUGAAAGCUCUUGGUAUUCUGGGAGAGUAAUUUUCUGUUUGGACUACAUAGUUUUUACUCUGAGACUGAUCCAUAUUUUCACCGUUAGCAGGAAUCUAGGACCCAAAAUUAUUAUGCUGCAGAGGAUGAUGAUAGAUGUCUUCUUCUUCCUGUUCCUCUUUGCUGUGUGGAUGGUGGCCUUUGGUGUGGCCAGGCAAGGCAUCCUGAGGAAGAAUGAGCACCGCUGGGAGUGGAUAUUUCGAUCUGUCAUCUACGAGCCAUACCUGGCUAUGUUCGGCCAGUACCCUGAUGAUGUUGAUGGUACCACCUACAACUUUGACCGCUGUACCUUUUCUGGGAAUGAGUCCAAGCCCUUGUGCGUGGAACUGGAUGCCAACAACCAACCCCGCUUCCCAGAGUGGAUUACUAUUCCCCUUGUGUGCAUAUACAUGCUCUCAACUAACAUCCUCCUUGUGAACCUACUUGUGGCCAUGUUUGGUUACACUGUUGGAUCAGUACAAGAGAACAAUGACCAGGUGUGGAAGUUCCAGCGUUACUUCUUGGUCCAGGAAUACUGCAGUCGCUUGACUAUCCCCUUCCCUUUUGUCAUCUUUGCCUACAUAUUCAUGGUGAUGAGGAAAUGUUUUAAAUGCUGCUGUAAGAAUGAAAGUAAAGAGCCAUCUAUUUGUUGCUCAAAAAAUGAAGACAGUGAAACUCUGUCAUGGGAAGCUGUCAUGAAGGAAAAUUACCUUGUCAAAGUCAAUACCAAAGCCAGCGAUAUCUCAGAAGAGAUGGUACAUCGAUUUAGACAACUGGAUGCGAAGCUCUCUGAUUUGAAAGGCCUCCUAAAAGAGAUUUCCAGCAAAAUCAAAUGAAUGCAACUGAAAAGCAGCUAUCUGAGUAGGGUACUGAUUCACCAAGACUCUCACAGCUGGCGGUAACCACCAUGCAAAUAGUAACCAACCCACCAGAGUGUCAGUGUCUCAGUUUUGUUUUUAAUAAGACAACCCUUUCAGCUUGUCAGAUGACGAUGGUAAAACAUUAAGACUGUUUCUCUCCUGUCAGAACUCCCAAGUUACUCAAGCUCAUUUUCCCUUGUUUCCCCAGAAAUUCAACGACAGAAGAUGGUCCUUAUCAGCUUCUGUUAAAAUUCUCUCUUAAUUCCAAAUGUACUGCUGCUGCUAGAAUCACUGUUUUUGAAUUUCACUUGAAAGAAUCUAUUCAUGGGUUUCCUUUAGCUACUAAUUGCUUGUCUUAAUGGAUCUCCCUUCCCUCUCCUUCAUGUAGUAGCCAUAUCUAGCUUGUUAAUUGUACAGUCUAUCUGCUGAAGUCUGCAAUGCUGGCAUCCCAGGCCCAACAACCUUACCUUGGACUGCAGAUGAACAGUGCAAACUUGUUCCUCUUCUACCUGCAACUGUGUAGCUGGCAAUGCAAAAACUCAACUGUUACAAUCCUGCAUGGAAAGGAUGUAAUUUGUAUAGAAAUACUACUGGAAAGCCUUGUGAAUAAUCUUUACUUGUUUCUAUGACUGAGAUUGGAGCAUUGUAAUUUGCAUUUUUGUUCAAGCAUCUGUUUGCAGAUGUUUGCAUUAUGGAUUUCAAGUUGUGAAGAGAUUGUUGGCUAGCUUUAAAUUUUGUUAUACUUGCUAUUGUCAGGGUGCUCUUGCUGUUUUCUUUGUAAAAUAGCAGCUAACUUGUGUGGCAUUUGUGUGGUAUAAUCGGGCACAUUACCAGAUGAAGGGAAACCAUUCCAAAUGGCAUUCAUUUACCUUGCAAAAUGUUGCAUCCAUCUUCAUCUCCAGUGUCUAGGAACAAUCACCCAGUAGGUUUGAUUCUGUAGACUUAGAUAUUUUUUCUUUGCUUGCAAUGACUCCCUUAGUCCAUACACUUUACUAUGGCUUACAGCUGGUCUGAGGGGUGUCAGGUGGAAUAUAUGAAGCAGGAUAUACACAUGUGGCUAGCUAGAUAGGUGGAGAAAGAAUUUCUCUGGAAGCAGAACGUUCCUAUGACAAAUCAACUCAUCUGGUGCAAAGAGAGCAAUUUACUGCCUGGCUAAAAUGUACAAAAGUAUUUUCCAGUCACUGUGUGCUGUAGAAACGUGUUGGUCCAAGAAGAUGAAGACAAAAGAGGGCAGCAGAAGGAUACAAAGCAUGGAUAUUCUGGGGGAAUGUUUCUGCCUCUGAGAUGCAGCUGACUGAGGUACAGCUAGCUGAUCAAAGAGGCCAGUACAUGCAUGCAUUCUGCAGGGAGAUCUUUAAAUCUGUCCCAUUUUUCUUACAUACCAGAAAACAGUCCAGAUCGUGUCCUGCUUCAUUGUUUGCGGAAGCUGCAGCUCUAUUUGUAUCUGUAAAGGCAAUAGUUUUCCAGGGAAAACUCUGAUGAGGCCUUGACAGGAAGGUUACUAGUUAUCUCUUGCUGCUUGACCUUUCCUGAUAUUACUGUACACCCUGCAUUGCAUAGUCCUGGGGUAUAGAGCAUUACAAAUAGGAGAGUUCCUAAUCUAUAUAUAUAUAUAUAAAUAUUUCAGUAUUUUCCUGUAAAAAGGAUUAGAAAGAACUCAGCAAGACCUUCAUAGUAUUCUGUGGUAUGUAGAUCACAUCAUAUAUGAUUAAGAUUGGUUUACUCUCUAGAAAUGAUUUCUUGUGUGACAUUUGUAUAACUAGGAUGUGAAAAAAAUGUGCUUCCUGUACAUAACUUCAAUUUAUAAAACCUGCAGUAUACGUGCCAGAACUCAUAGUGAAUUAUUCCUUUGUGAAAUGAUGAAGGUAACUUUGAGACAAAGUCUGAAAGAACAAAACACUCAGGAUACCUAUUCCUGCUUCUCCAUCUUGUGUGUGUGCCUUUCCUUUGUUGCAGUGAGUCCUUGGAUGACUCAGGCCUUGAGCUUGGCUUCCUUCAGCCAUGGCCCCUUGCUCUGGGCAGUCCCCAGCUGGGGAGCAGCUGCCAGGAGUGGGGAUCUCCUCCAGGGAGAGGAGGGGAAGGAAGGGAGGAGCCUGCCUGGCUUUCUCCUGCCUUACAGAAAGGAGAUGGAGAUGACUGAAAGAGAUGUGUGGGCUUCGCAUGGAAGGAUGGAUGGAGCCCUGCAGCAAGAAUGGGGCAGCCGCAGUGCCCUGUAGACUUCCUCUCCAGUUAAAGUUUUCCAGAAAAGAGGGUGGGGUGGGCUUGGCUUGGUGGUUUUUCUGUUGGUUGUUUGGUUGUUUUUUUUGGGGAAAGUAAGAGGGGAGAGGGCAGGGAUUAACCCCAAAUCCAGGUUCUCCUGUAGAGUCCAAGGUUCAGCUGGGACAGCCACUGUGACAACAGCAGGCUGUCUUCUGAAAAUGCGUUCAAUGAACAGAACAGCACAGGACCACAGUGCAAACACAUUUCAGUCACUCCCAUACACAGGAUGAAACAAUCACUGUGACAGUCAGCUUGCUUAGUAAGCAAAGAUGGGGUCCUAGUAUUUGUACUCAAAUAAAACUGUAAAACUUAAUGCACUAACACACGACACUGUAUGAGCUGCUAUGAAGAACACCAACUCUCUCCCAGACAGACCCAGUACAGCAAGAUGUGAUUUGGAAUGGCAUGCUGCACAUUUAAGUAAACUUGAUGAAAUAAUUGUGCACCUAGAAGAGCUUGCUAAUGGUGUAACACAGAAUUCACUUGGAAGUAAUUGCUUGCUGGAAGCAGGAAUGAAGAGGGUGGUAAACUGACUAUCUUUUUCACUUUCUUUGACUUUCCAGGUAAUGGUCUUUGAGGCUGGAGGUAACGUUUGUUUUGUAUCAAUUACAGCAUUUUACCAGUGACCCCAUAAGAACUAUUACUGCUGACCUGGCAGAAACAGGAAAUAUAAAUAUUUAACAUUUCAAAGGCUCAAGGGGACAAAGAGAGACCUCUGAGGUUCUGCUGCAGGCUGUGAUGUUUAAGAGUAGCCACCCAGUGUGUAUUGUUGAUGUUUUAUUUGCUGUAAUGUGUGCUUUCUAUUGCUUCACUCUCAAAGUCCACAGCAACGGCAGUGAAAACCAUGCAGGUUUGGGUUGCAUUUCUUAGACCAGCAUAGAUGGUGCACCUUAGGAGUACAGG